AUGCUCAUUGAUCAAUAUGAAGGAAUUCUUGAAGAACUUGUGGAAGUUCACUCCGUAACUUCGAGGGGAACUGAAUCCUAUGCCCAUAACAGGUUAGCUGAUGGCAGUGAUAUUGGCCCAAGCAAAUACAGUCCUAGCACCACUGUGGGAUCUUUGAAAGAAAUGAUACUUUCACAAUUGCCCCAAGAUGAAGUAAAUGGGCCGAAGACAAUAAAUGAUGUGAAGCUGAUUAAUGCGGGAAAAAUACUGGAAAAUGAUAAAACACUUGCAGAGUCCCGGUCUCCCGUGAGUGAAGUUCCAGGAGGAAUCAUCACCAUGCUUGUUGUGGUGCGCCCUCACAUCCCACACAAAAACAAUGAUAAGUUGCAAGAUGGCUUUCCGAAACAGGGCAGCUGCCCGUGUGCAAUUCUUUGACCGGGAGACUGCCCGAGCCUUCAAUGGAUAAAACUUAAAAGAAAGCUUUCAAGGAUAUGUGAUGUAAUGAGUUGACUUUUGGAUAUAUAUGUUUGGAACUUUGACUUGGGAUCUGUAAGGGGUGAAGAGCGAGUAACUCUGGCUGUAUGUUUGAAUGAAUGUGUAUAUAGGAAAACUUUGUAAGACCAAAAUGACUUGAUUGUCUUGAGUUUAAGUUUCAUCUACUUACGCUCCAUUAAACAAAAUUAUAUUUAUUAUUCAGGU